AUGGCUGCGGGGAGGCGAGCCUUGGCGAAAUGGUGUGAAGCGCAAGGCAUAUAUAUCGACCCACGGCUUGAUAUUGUGAAUGUAUCGGAUACAGAUACCGAGUGGGCAUCCUCUCCUGGCAGUAUGGCUGUGACGGCAUGUCGACCCAUUCCUGCAGGCGAUGUGGUGGUACGCAUCCCAUGUCACGCUCUACUCUGUGCCCGUACCAGCGCCUUGCAUGCGUACCCAGCCUUUCAGCAACUGCUAUCGUCCGAGAAACUCUCGCUGUGUUUAGCGUUGUGUGUCUUGUACGAGCAAUCCCUUGGCGCCCAAUCGUACUUUGCGCCGUAUGUCCACAGUUUCUCGCCUGUAUCUCUGCCGUUUCAAUGGACGUCUGCGUGGGCGGGGAAUGUAUGGUUCCGAGGCACGGAGGCAUCGCGCCUUGUGAAGCGGCGCGAGUAUGCAUGGCACCAAGGGUCCGGCGCAACGCCAGGCAUGUGCUAUUCGGAGCUUCAAUCUUUUUGGGACCGCGUAGGCCAUGCCUGCCUGCAGCGCGUUGCAGCGCGGCCAUGGCGCUCUGCUGACUUUAUCCAGGCGUAUGCACAUGUCUCCAGUCGCGCAUUUGUGAUUGAUACCUACCAUGCGCUUUGCAUGGUGCCUGUAGCCGACCUAUUUAAUCACUCGGCCGUGAAUACGGUGCAAGUGGAAUCGGAUAUGGAUGUGUGCAUGACAUGCGGCUCAAGCGAGCAUACACGCGCAGGUCAUACUGAUACAGCCCACGCACGACAAACCGUGGACCUUGUCUGUGUUGACACUAUGGAAGCGGGGGACGAAGCGUUCAACUCCUACGGUGAGCUGGGCAAUGCUGAGCUGCUAUGUCAGUACGGCUUUGUGCUCGAAACGAAGAGUGGCUGGGAGCGAUGCAGCUGGGAUCCAAGGGAUCCUACGGAGCAGGCUGAACUUGUCCAAGCCUUGGGCCUGCCCACCUCGACGAUUUGGCGCCAAUGCGAGCGACUGGAGCCGGCUGAGCUGGCCGAUGCCCAACGUGCUCAGAGCGACGAUGGGCUUCCGCCUGCCCUUCUCGAUGCGCAUGGGCAUGUGCUGUACGAUUUCGCGCCUGUGUCUCAUGUGCAUGUAUCCGAUACCCAGUCCCCAUUCUUCGUGGAUGCUAUGGGCCGCGUAAGUUGGCCCCUUUGGCGUUUGUGCCUGGGCUUGGCGCUGUGCCCAGACACGUACGCCGAAGAGAUUGUGUCCCAGGUUCUUCUGGUACUACAUACCUCCGAGGAUGUGCCUUGUCUCGAGCAGUCGCUUGCAUGGUGGAUGCGCGACCCAUCGUCCCCUCUGGACCAGCGUGUCCAGCGAGCCUUGGCCAUGAUUGCACGAUUGUGCGAAGCUCGCUUGCAAGGCUUGUACAUUUCGUCGCACGAAGACGAAGCCAAUGCUUUAUGGCAGUCCGAUACCCCCGCACUACGUAGUGUUCUGCAGCAUGCCUGGCAGGAUCUGGAUCUCCUGCGUUCCUGCCUCGCACGCGCCACCACGACGCGCCCCUUUUUUCUUCGUGGCCAUCGUUGGAUGCGAGGCCUGGCUGUGCAGCUGUCACGGUCGCUUGUCAUCCACGUACGUCAGCAGCAUACCCUUCAGCAGCACGUCUUUAUGAGCGCUCGCGAGCGAUACGGCGAUUGGAGUCGCAAUCAGCUGUUGCGACGUAUCGCGCAGCUUGAAGACCGAGCCGCGUCCCUGGGCCAGUCUGUGCCCCCACCAGAGGAGGUGUCGUCGUCAUCCACGCCUGCGACUACCAAGAAACCGCGGCCAUUCCAUAUGGAGGCGCAGCCAUGCCGCAAAAUCGCGUUGCGUUUUUGUUACGAUGGCGGCUCGUACUCGGGCCUCGCAGCGCAAACGUCGCAGUCCACGCCAUUGCCCACAGUCGAAGAGACGAUAUGGGAUGCUCUAUGUACCGCGCGCCUCGUCGACGCGACCAAAAGCAUGGACGAUGCGGGAUGGAGUCGUUGUGGACGUACCGAUGCUGGUGUUAGCGCUGCGGGGCAGGUCGUCGCGUUGUGGGUACGCAGUCGCUGUGUCGAUGAGCGCGCAUUGCGUGCGCAUCCGGACGACACUGAGGCGCAGCCAACCGUUCUUCUUGGCCCUGACGACGAAGAGCUACCGUAUGUCGCGACGCUCAAUCGACUUCUGCCACCGACCAUCCGAAUUCAGGCAUGGUCGCCUGUUCGUCCUUCCUUUUCUGCACGCUUUGACUGUGUCUAUCGUCACUACAAGUACUUUUUCACGCUGGGCGCGCCACAUACCCUUGCAUGGCAGCCAGAGAGCGCGUCGCAUUUCCAGGGACGCUUGGACGUAGAGCGCAUGCGCGAUGCGGCGGCUCGCUUGGUCGGCGAGCACGAUUUCCGUAAUCUGUGCAAGGUCGAUGCGUCCAAGCAAAUCACCAACUUUGUGCGCCGCAUUGACGGCGCGACGAUCGAUCGUGUGGCUACAGGCUGGCGUACCGAACGUUCUGAGUUGCCGGAGAUCAAGGCGGUGGACGAGCCUAUAUAUGUGCUCAAUCUACGUGGCUCUGCGUUCCUGUACCACCAAGUCCGAAAUAUCAUGGCCGUGCUCUUCAUGGUCGGUGCUGGCCUUGAAGAGCCAAGCAUUGUCGAUGCGUUGGUCAACGUACACACGGGCGCGGCAGCAGCUGAUCGUAUCCGGGCCCAUGAAUGGAUCCAGGCGUUAGGUGAUGCCUCGCAUGCUCAUACCCCUGACAAGCAGCGUAUGCAGGCGUUGCCACCGUUGCCCGAGGACCUGCCUGUGAUCGCGACCAAGCCAAGCUAUGAGAUGGCCGCGGACCGGCCGCUGAUGCUAUGGGAGUGUGGAUUCCGUCCCGACCACCUUCAAUGGCGGGCCAGUGCAUAUGCGGGGCCCAUGCCGCCGUCCUCGGACGUACGUAUCGACUAUUCGCCUGGUGUGCGUGCUUCGGCGCAGUUGCAUGCGAUGUGGAUGCGAGAGACCAUUCAUGCGGAGAUGACGCGCCACUUUGUGCUCGCAAGCGGCUCCGCCGAAGCCACCGCGCUGCCCACGCAGACUUCGUUUGAUGAAGCACGUACGCCUUUCCUGCCUACGCCUACCUCUGCCGAACACAUCGCGCAGCGGGCUCAUCUUGUGCCGCUCGGCAAUGGCGCUGUACGGCCGACUACGCGCUACACGGCGCUAGUCUCACGUCCCCGCGACGUGUCUGCAGAAGAAAAGAACAAGAAAUGGCGCGAAGGCAAAGGACAACGACGCGCCGAGCGCCGAGCGGCCGCGGCGCCUGGCUCUGCUUCCAUAACCUCUUCGUAG